UGGUGACAUAAUCGCAAUCGAACGGCUCAUAACAAAGCUACGUGAUUUUCUGAUGUUUACGAACGUCUGACACUGAGGUUCCUGCAUUAUUGUUGCCCUGUUGAGAAACGAGAGUCGUCCACUCGAGCCGUAACAGGCGCGAUUGCUGUCUAAAUGCCGGAUAACUCUUCCGAUUUGUUUGUUCCACCUGUCCCACGCUGAAGCCCCACCAUCCAUCAAUGUCAGCAGAGGUGGAAAGGAACAUCAUCCACACCGGGUUUCCUUAACUCAGCCUAACAUACAAGCCUGGUGUUCAUGAGUUCAUGGCUCAAAGAUGACCAUGCACUUCAUUGCAGAGGCCGCGAUUCUCUGUGCAUUGCUGGUCUUAGCUACUGCGGCCACUAGAUUUCGGAAAACAUCGCAAUACCGGCUGCCUCCAAGUCCUCCUGGAGAGCCCCUGCUUGGUCAUUUCCGUCUCAUUCCAGCAGACCAUCCUGAGCAUCAGUAUAUCGCGUGGGGACGAAAGUACAAUAGCGAUGUCCUCCACUUCAUCGUCCUUGGACGUUCUAUCGUUGUGCUCAACAGCACAGAGGCAGCGCAUGAGCUUUUGGAUAAACGAGGCUCCAAUUAUUCAGAUCGACCGCGGUUCGUUCUAUUCGAGCUAAUGGGCUGGGGAAUCACUCUCACAUUUCUGCGCUGGGGCCCCCGCUUCAGGCUUCACCGAAAGCUUCUGCAGAGUUCAUUUACGCCAACUGCUUGCAAGCAGUAUCGCCCCAUUCAAGAAGAUGAAGCCCGCAAAGCUGUGUCCUCCAUCUUGCGUGACCCUAGCGAUUGGGAACUUGGUCUUCGCAAGUAUUCCACAGCUGUCAUAAUGCGCAUUGGGUUUGGUGUCACCAUCAAGGAUGAAUGCGACCCUUAUGUGCAGAUGGUCAUUGAUGUCGAAGAUGCCACCGCAAAUGGAGGCGUUCCUGCAAGCACUCUGGUCGACUUCUUUCCUACUUUACGACAUCUACCCCGUUGGCUUCUGAGAUCUGGUCCAGUCAGGCAUGCUGUAGCGUCCAAAUCAUCAAUUCAGAACUUGCACAACGUGCCGUGGGCAGCUACCGAGCCUGAAAUCGCGAGGGGAACAGCUCAAUUUCCUUCAUUCAUGCGAACACACUACGAAAAAUACCGACAGAACUUGUCAGAUGGUUCACACAAUGAAGCUUCCAUCGCGGAUAUGAAAGGCGCUGCUGGUGCCAUAAGUAUCGCCGGAAGUAACACCACUUGGUCAACAAUCAUCAUCUGCAUCCUCAACCUGGUCAGAAAUCCGGAUGUCCAGCGCAGGGCACAAGCAGAGAUUGAUAGCAUUGUCGAUACUGACAGGUUACCGUCGUUCGAAGAUCGUCAGAAACUACCAUAUCUUGAGAACGUCAUACAAGAGACUCUCCGCUGGGCCCCUCUGUCUCCUCUUGGUGUCCCACACGCUUCUAUCGCAGAUGACGUCUAUAAAGGCAUGUUUAUACCCGGAGGAUCAGUUGUAUAUGCGAAUGCUUGGGCUAUGUGUCAUGAUGAGGCUGUCUACACAGACCCAGAUGAAUUCAAUCCCAGUCGCUAUCUACCUAUCGAGCUAGGAGGACGUGGUGAGCCGUUACCAGAAGGACCAUUCGGUUUCGGACGUCGUGUUUGCAUUGGACAGCAUCUUGCAACUGCUGGGGUGUAUAUCAUGAUCGUCACGUUAUUGUCAGUGGUAGAAUUUUUACCACCUAUUGACGAACAAGGCAAUGAGAUUAUGCCGUCCAUCAAGCUCUCGAAUGGGCUGUCAAGUCAUCCAGAACACUUUGAGUGCCGCAUGCAAGUCCGAUCGGGAGAGCGAGCCGCUCUACUACAUACUUAGCCAUCGUACGUUCUUGAGGGCAUUAUCAUGGAGUAUAGCUUGUAAGCAAUAACAAUUGCAACGGCGUGUACAAGGGUGAAGCGAUGUCGUGUGAUUAUCGUAUAAAAUGAUUG